AUGUGGCUGAUCGAUACCACCACCCUGAGACUCGAGGAGAUCGUCGAUCUGCAGGACUGCAAAUAUGCUAUUCUGUCACACACCUGGGAAAAAGAUGAGGUAGACUUCCAGGACAUGAUGGCCGAAGUCCGGCCGGCACAACUCCUGAAGAAGGCUGGCUUUUUGAAAAUCAAAAAGACAUGCGAAGUGGCGAAGGAGAAGGGGUACGGGUUUGCGUGGGUUGAUACCUGCUGUAUCGACAAGACCAGCAGUGCUGCGCUUUCGGAAGCAAUCAACUCCAUGUUCCACUGGUAUAAAGAAUCAUCAUUGUGUCUUGCUUAUCUGUCCGACCUCGAGGCCAACAACUUCGAGCACUCUGAGAGCAAGACAUCGGAGUUCAUGAAAGAUUGCGUUUGGUUUACUCGCGGCUGGACGCUGCAAGAAUUAAUCGGCCCUGAGGAGCUCGAUUUCUACGACCAGGAGUGGAAGUUCAGAGGCAGCAAGAAGACUCUUAGGCGUGAGCUGUCCACGAUCACGGGAAUCGACAUCGGUGUUCUCGAAGACUCAGAAUUGUUGCCGACGAUUCCCGUGGGCCGGAGAAUGUCGUGGGCAGCGUAUAGGAAGACAACGCGGGUAGAAGACAUUGCUUAUUGCCUCUUCGGGAUAUUUGGCGUCAAUAUGCCAAUGAUUUACGGCGAAGGCAAGAACGCUUUCCUGAGACUCCAAGAAGAGAUCGCCAAGAGCAACAACGACCUGACACUAUUCGCUUGGACAUCACAGAAUGAGUCGGGAGUCGACAGGCGACCAACCCAUCCAAGUCAACAGGGAAAAGACCUGCGCGGUAUUCUCGCUCAGUCACCCUCGGAAUUUGUGGAUUGUGGCCGGCUAAGAAUACUUCGAGACGGAGUCGCACCCGUUAAGGAGUUCGCGAUGACGAACAACGGUCUGAGGGUAGAGACUGUUCUUGGAUCGUCCCCUGAAAAGGAGUACGUCUUCGCCCUCGACUGUGUCAACGACAAGAAUCGCAGGCUAGGGAUCUAUCUCAUGAAGACAGAAUUUGGGUUCGUCCGAGAUCGCGCAAAUGAAUUAUUCUCAACAACAGAUAGGGGUUUCUGGAACGGGAAGCCGAUCACGAGGUACAUUGCAAGGACACUGAGCAAUAGCCUUGCCCUCCGCCUGAGGGCUCAACUGCUACAGUCGCUGAACUUCCGCUUCCAUCUGCAGCCCAGGGCAAGCUACAGUGUGGAGAGAAUAAGGCCUCGGCCCUCUAAUUUAUGGGACAGUAACGGAAAACUGUUCCUCACAGGGAACCGCCGCGACUUCACCGCGUGCGUCGAGUUCAGUCUCAAACCGCUGUGGUGGAGAUUCGUGAUUGUUUGUGGCCUCAUCGACAUCAGGAGCGAAAACCCGGCCGUUUCUGACCUUUGGCACCAAGGUGAUCACUUCUCGUCCGCCAUGCCCUGGAUGACCAUAUUCACAGAUCAAGACCCAAGUGCAAGGCCCCAAUUGGAGAUAAUCGACAAACUGAAGAAAGGCAACGAUGAGCUGAGAAAGUUGAGGAGCACAGUUCUGUCAUGGUAUGUCGACGAAAAUAAUCGGUUGCCCUUGCGCAGUAUGGCCGAGAAGAUAAAGACGGUUUUUAUCGAAGAUGACGGCAGGGAGAUAUCGUAUCACCUAGAGAUGAUCAGGGAAGCAAAUUUCCACAGCAAGGGCACACCGGUUUUCAACAUCAGAGUCUCCAUUUCCGAGGUGACCAGGGUCCGCGAUUCCUCUACCAUGGGCGAGGUCGGGUCAGAAGAAGACGAGGCGAGUUAUGCUCGCGCUGGGCCCAGCCCUAGAGCGCCGCAGCCCCCAAAAUCCGUACGGCUCGGGUCCUUCGGCAGGGCAAUGGGCAAGCCCAUCCGGAUACUGUCCAUCCGGGCCGGGAUAUAA